GCGUCGCGGCCGCUGCCUCAGCCAUGAACGCGGAGAACGUGGCGGCCAGCGAGCGGCUGGUGGACGCGGCUUACGUGCGGCAGGGCUGGCAAGGCCGCCGCGCCCACGAGCUCCGCCUGAGGACGCUGCUGGAACAGGGCAAAUGUCCUGAAGAAGGAUGGGAUGAAAGUACCAUUGAACUCCUUCUUCAUGAGCUUGCAAUUAUGGAUAGCAACAACUUUCUAGGCAACUGUGGUGUGGGUGAGAGGGAAGGAAGAGUGGCGUCACAGCUAGUAGCCCGCCGGCAUUACAGGUUGAUCCAUGGGAUUGGGAGGUCAGGUGAUAUUUCUGCUGUCCAACCAAAAGCUGCAGGCUCCAGCCUCUUGAACAAACUUACAAACUCACUUGUCUUAGAUAUUAUAAGACUUGCUGGCGUCAGGACAGCGAGUAGCUGCUUUGUGGUCCCCAUGGCAACCGGCAUGAGUCUGACGUUAUGUUUCUUAACUCUGCGGCACAAGAGACCACAGGCAAAAUACAUUCUUUGGCCGCGUAUAGACCAGAAGUCCUGCUUCAAGUCCAUGAUUACUGCAGGUUUUGAGCCAGUGGUGAUAGAAAAUACAUUAGAAGGUGAUGAGCUGCGUACAGAUCUCAAGGCAGUGGAAACUCAAAUCCAGGAUCUUGGGGCUGAUAAUAUUCUCUGUGUUCAUUCCACCACAUCAUGUUUUGCUCCAAGAGUGCCUGACAGACUGGAAGAACUGGCAGAGAUUUGCGCAAAGCAUGACAUCCCUCACGUUGUCAACAAUGCAUAUGGAGUCCAGUCCUCCAAAUGCAUGCACCUCAUUCAGCAGGGAGCACGAAGAGGCCGAAUAGAUGCUUUUGUGCAGAGCCUGGACAAAAAUUUUAUGGUUCCAGUAGGUGGUGCUGUAAUUGCUGGCUUCAGUGACUCCUUUGUCCAGGAGAUCAGCAAAAUGUAUCCAGGAAGAGCAUCCGCCUCCCCUUCAUUAGAUGUUCUCAUUACAUUGCUGUCCUUGGGCACAAAAGGGUAUCAACAACUGCUGAAGGAAAGGAAGGAAAUGUUUUAUUAUCUUUCAAGUGAGCUGAAGAAGUUAGCAGAAGCCUACAAUGAAAGACUGAUGGAGACACCACAUAACCCAAUCUCCUUAGCUAUGUCGCUGAGGAAGCUGGAUGAGCAAAGUGGCACAGCAGUGACGCAGCUUGGAUCGAUGCUUUUCACAAGACAGGUUUCUGGAGCAAGGGUGGUUCCCCUCAGUUCCCUGCAGACGCUGAGUGGCUACACUUUCAAAGGCUUCAUGUCGCACACAAACAGCUACCACUGCGCGUACCUCAAUGCGGCUUCCGCCAUUGGAAUGUCCCAGCAAGAUGCAGAUGUGUUCUUGAAAAGACUUGACAAGUGUUUAAAGACACUAGCAAAAGGAAAGAACGAUGACAAAAAUACGCCCAUAGCGAAUGAAGAAAUCGUAUCUGAAACGGAAAAAUGCAGCACAAAGGCAGCUGAAGGAAAUGCCAAAUAUUAGCUUAUGGAAGACAAAUGUCCAUCUUGUAAUGGGCAAAGUGGGGAGAGAGAGGGUGCAGUCUGUUGUGCAAUUAAAAUUAAUCAAAAUGUAAACCAUCAAGAGCCCAGUCCCGCUGAGCUUCAUUGGAAUGAAGGGUCGGAGUACAGUUUUCGCCCUCCUCCCGUUACUUGCAGCAGGGCUUGUGCUAGUGGAGAAUGUUCUGCAGGGUUGGGCUCCUAGCCAGGAUUCAGGUUUAGGAAGGUUGCGGGCCGAAGCUGUGCAGGACUUGUGUGAAUCUGCUAGUGGGGGCAAAGGACUUGGCCUGGGGGGGGGGGGGGGAAGACCUCCUUGAUGCAUGACUGGCGGCAGCAGCAGCAGCAGCAUGGGAGCCUUGCCGAAAACAGAACACGUCAGAGGUGGUUCUCUGUUCAGGCAGCUGCUAACUUAGCUCUGGUAAGGUUUUUGAUUUGUUAACCGUUACUAAACGAGGACAGACCAUGCAAUGCAAUAUCAUAUACUUUUGAAUCUCUUAUUUGUCCUGCCACACUUGAAUAUAGAAUAUUACCGAACCUUCUUGAGUGUUCCUUGUAUAUUUGAAAUCGUUAUCCUGCCUUGCCCUCAUUUGUGGACUGCGGUGGGGGGUGACAUUAAUUGUAUUGGUCCUGGUCUUGGAAUGGUUAACCCAGGGGUGUUUCCAUAGCAGGAUUUCCCCCCGUGCGGCACACAGCAUGCCCCGUCUUUGUUUAAGGGUUUCCUCAUAAAGCCAUGCACUUUUCAAGCAUAGCUCGUGGGGCUUUCCCCUUUAAGUCAGAGCAAAGAGAAGCCUUACUUGGGUCUGACUUGGAGGGGGACAGGGCUCUAGCUGCAGACAGAGCCUCUGUGUGAAAGCUCAGGCUGGAGUUAAUGAGGGGGGGAGGGCACUCAGCUCUAGCACCCCCCUUUUAGCUCUUUAACUUUUUUUCAAUCGGCUGUUGGGAGGCCGUUCCCAGGCUGCAGCAGGGUUCCUGGCACUGUUGGAUGGUGCGUCUCCAUCAAUGUG